AUUUGCCGGGAAGUUCCCCUGACAACUGACAAGUGACAAGAGCUGAUUUCGAUGUUUGCCAAAAAUUAAAAAUCGAUCUGUAAAUUGUUAUUUCUAAAAUAAUUUCUUUACGAUUUUCUUCUUUUUCUGUAAAAUAUCCGGGGGCGAUAUUUGGUGUUCCCAGUUCAUGCGCUGUUGGAAGUUGGAGGUUGGAAGUUGGAACUCGAUGUUCUCCGAAAACAAAAAGCGCGUUCCCUCAACCCCUUCUCCACACACACAUUUUUUUUUUCAUUUCCCUCCUCACCCGCGCCAAGCUUAGUUACCUCCAAAAAACAAUGAAAAGUUAAAAAAAUAAAAAUGAGAUCGAAGGUUUGAGUUUCCUGACUUUGACUUUUCGUCUGUCUUUCUUCCCUUGGUCUUCUUCUUUCAGCUCCUGCUCCUUUCUUCACACCUUCAUUCCCUAAAAUCCAUCCUGAAUUCCUGACAUGAAUUAUUUUUAUUAUUACUCUUUUUAUCCUUUUCUCAUUCUGUAAAUUCGCUUAGGCGAUGUCUAAGUCUCCUGUCCUAUUAAUGCAUUCACAUGCGACGCUGGUUUUUUUUUUUUCAAAUUUGAUCUCUUCAUCUUUCGUAAUAAACCCUGCAACUUCUUCUCCAAGUCAGAAUAAUGAUUUUCUUGUAUUUGUAAAAUCUCUCUUCUAAAUUUCACAAGAAGAAGGAGAUGAAGAAGAACCCAUCAACUAGAGAUUAGGUUCAUAGAAUUAGGGGUUUUCUUCGGGAAGGGGAACAAGAUGGAUUUUCCUUCUUCUUCUUCUUCUUCUUCUUCUUCUUCUUCUUCUUCUUCUUCUUCUUCUGUAAAUAAUAACGAUAUAGAUACCAGUGAUGUGACUUGGCGUAGUAGCAUCAACAUCCCCUUAAGAUUCCGCACUCCUCUUUCUCUUGUUCUCGAAUAUUCUGGCAUCAUGUGCUCAAACCCCGAUGUUUCUUCUCCUGCACCUGCACCUGCACCUGCACCUGGAGAUGGACCUUCAACAACUCAUUUGCGCCCUAGGUCUCAGCUUCAAUCUGGUUCUGGUUCUGGUUCUGGUGGUGCCUGCAGUGGGACUGGUGAAGUUCAAAUUCGCAUAAUUGGUACUGGGGACCAAGACAACAAUGAUGUGAUUGGUUCGGUUUCCUCUUCUUCGCAGCUGAGUCGUGUGUCUCGAUCGGGCCAUCUUAAGUGGCUGGAACAGCUUAUCCCUUUCUCCCUCUUGCUGUUGGUGGUGUUCAUUCGCCAGCAUUUGCAAGGUUUCUUUCUCACAAUUUAUGUAUCAGCUGUGCUGCUUAAAUCAAAUGAGGUGGUUAAGGAACAGACAGCUCUAAAGGGAGAUCGGAAAGUCUCUGUUCUUGUUGGUAUCUCAGUUGCCUUCAUGCUCCACGUGAUAGCCGUUUACUGGUUUCAAAAUGAUGAUCUUUUAUACCCAAUUGCAAUGCUUCCUCCAAAAGAAACACCGCUUUUCUGGCAUGCAAUAUUCACCGUUUUGAUCAAUGAUACAUUGGUGCGGCAAGCAGCAAUGGCUUUCAAGCUUUUGGUGCUAAUUUUCUACAAAUGUCGCAGAGGCCCCAGCUUCCGUCGGCAGGGUCAAAUCUUAACUGCGGUUGAGUACGUGUUGCUGUUGUAUCGUGCCUUGCUGCCAACACCAGUUUGGUAUCGGUUUUUCUUGAACCAUGAUUAUGGAAGUCUCUUUUCAUCACUGACCACAGGGUUGUAUCUAACAUUCAAACUAACGACUUUAGUUGAGAAGAUCCAAAACUUCUUUUCUGCCUUAAGACUAUUAUCGGGAAGGAAAGUCCAAUAUGGGGUUUAUGCUACAAAGGAACAGGUAAAGUCUGCUGGUGACAUGUGUGCUAUAUGCCAGGAGAAGAUGCGAGCUCCGCUCUUGUUGCACUGUAAACACUUGUUCUGUGAGGAAUGUGUGUCCGAAUGGCUUGAGCGAGAAAGGACUUGCCCAUUAUGCAGAGCAAAUGUAAAAUCUGCUGAUCUGCUCACCUAUGGAGAUGGUUCGACAAGUAUUUUGUGUCAGUUGUUUUAAAAUCCCGCUUUUUGUAGCUCUGGUAAUGAAUCUUGGUUUUAGCCUAUAUAUAUAUGUAUCUCAUGUAAUUUAGUUUUCUGGUUUCCAUAAAAUUUUCCAUCACUGACUUUAAUGUAAUUAAGAUUGAAGAAAUUAUUAAAUAAAGUUAAAAAUGUUAAUGUAGUCAUGGAUUGAGUACGA